ACUGCCUCUUUUUUCGAUAGCAGAAUGUGAGAAGCGGAUAAACCCUCCUAAAAUCCUUGAGGUGAACAACGUUAGCAGUUUCAAGUCCUGCUCGCAGCUCGCAGCUCGCAGCUCACAGCCAUUGAUUUUCUUUCGAUUAGCUUUUAAAGGUUUCUUCACAAUUUUUCCAUUAUGCUUAAACAGUUUCACACCUCAAAGCCACAAUCUUUACUACUUGUAUGCCAUCCAACUCUUCUAAACCACAAUUUUACCAUGAAAUCUAAUGGUAUUAGCAAGAAAAUCCAAACCCGUGAUUUUAAUCGCUUAUUAACCCCCAGACCUUUAGUCCCUUUCAGUACCAAACCCCUUUGGAGCUGUAUGGAUUUUUCAUGUCGAUAUCGCCCGAAAUUUCACCAUUCAAUUACUGCUAGAAGUUUUUCAACUUCAGAUUUUGAGAAAAUAGCAGAGGGCAGUGAAAAGAGUCUUCCUUGGCUUGCAAAAGAUAAAGCGAAAAGACCUGAAAAGGGCAGGUCUUCUUGGGAGGAAUCGGCUGACAAGUAUUUUAAAGGUUCUGCGAAAAGUGUAGAAUUUAAGAGUAAUGAGGAUAGACGUGACAGCUAUAAUAGUGGAGAAGAAGAUGAUGAUGGAGAAAUGGAAGAUCCGAGAUGGGAUAAGAUUAAGAGCAGGUUCAGUCGGAUUAAGGUAAGACCGGGGUCUGAUAGGCCGGAGGUUAGAAGGUGGAACAAUCAAGAUAGUUGGGGUAAAAAGACAUGGAAAGAGGUGUCUGAAUCAACCCAACCGAGAAUUAUUGGCGAGUGCGUUUAUGGUGUUGGCCCUGUUUUAGCUGCAUUGUCAGCUGGAAGAAGGGAAUUUUAUGGUCUCCAUAUUCAGCAAGGGUUGGAUCUGAGUGGAAAUAACCGGAAGAAGAAGGAUAAGAAAGGGUUUGAGAGAGUUUUGAGGACUGCGGAGAAAGUUGGAUUAAGUAUUAAGGAAGUAUCUAAACAUGACCUCAAUAUGAUUACUGAUAACAGGCCCCAUCAGGGACUCGUCCUCGAUGCUUCUCCGUUGGAAAUGGUUGGUAUCAAGGAAUUGGAACCUGUUUCAAUUGAGGAAGAUACCACUCCUCUUUGGGUUUCUUUGGAUGAGGUUACUGAUCCUCAGAAUUUGGGUGCAGUUAUACGGUCUGCUUACUUUUUCGGAGCUUCUGGGAUUGUCUUGUGUGCUAAGAACUCUGCACCAUUGAGUGGGAUAGUGAGCAAAGCAAGUGCGGGCUCACUUGAAUUAAUGGAGCUCAGGUCUUGCAAGAAUAUGAUGCAAUUCCUAAUGUCUUCGGCAGAAAAUGGAUGGCGGGUCCUAGGUGGUUCUGUUUCUUCAAGAGCUGUUCCAUUGCAUGAGAUUGUGCCUGGUGCUCCUACAAUCCUUGUUUUGGGAAGUGAGGGAACUGGUCUGAGGCCAUUGGUGGAGAGGUCAUGUACUGAAUUAGUUAGAAUUCCGGGAAAUAUCCCUUUGGAUAUAAUCGCUGGAGAAGAUGAGGAUGCUGAGAGUGAUAAUAGUAUUUUAGGCCAGAACUUUAGAUCCUUUAUGGCUGUGGAAAGCUUGAAUGUAAGUGUUGCAGCAGUAUGCAUACAGGCAUUUGGUGAUUUUUCCCAAUGGAUUGGCUUUGUUGGCAUUGCAUCUCAAAAUCCUCUGUCCGAGAAUAUUAAGGUUUUGUUGAACUUGUCAUAUUUCUAUGCAAAGAUUUGGUUGUUUGGAGUUACCUUUGCAGGACCGGCAGUUGAAGAACUUGUUGAAAUUGACAAUACAUGAACACACAAGGUAUGUCAGAUCAACUAGAUGACAACCUUUGUGAAGCUUGUUUGUAGGUUUAAAUAUGAAAUUGCUUUGAUAAAUGACAGUAUUACUUUUUAGGAGAAUUUGAACUGCUUAACACUAUAAUCAGGAUAAAGGUUUUAUGAUGUUUGUUGUGGGAUAGUAGCUGGCCUAUCCCUUUCUUCUUCCUAUAUUUCUCAGUUGACUUCAUUUUUACCUAGGGAUUUUUAAUUAACU